CCACCCAAAAUCUCCUUUCCUGCCUUAACCUGAAUUAAACAUGGCGGGAAAAGUGCUUCCGGUUUGCAAACCCUACUUCCUCAAGUCGGAAAUUAUUACCGGAAUCCUCCGACGAAUCAAUAAAACAUCCCUCUGCACGGUCCUUCUCUUCUCCGUUUCUCUCAUCUCCUACUUCCUUCUCUUAUCCGCUCCAUACAACUGGCGAUUGUCUUCAUGCCAGAGCGCCACGAUCACCACCGUCGAUUCGCUCCAGCCAACGAACCUCUCCCACAUCGUCUUCGGGAUUGGUGGCUCAGCUCGCACGUGGAGUCGGCGUCGCGGGUACAGCGAGGUUUGGUGGCGGCCGAGCGAGAUGCGGGGCUAUGUGUGGCUUGACGAGGCGCCAAUUGAAACGAAUUGGUCGGCGGCAAGCCCGCCUUGGCGGGUGCUGGCGGCCGGGACGGAUCGGUAUGCGGAACACUCCGCGGCAGCGCGGAUGGCUCGGAUUGCGACGGACACGUACGGGUUGGGGAUGGAAGGGGUGCGAUGGUUCGUGAUGGGGGAUGACGACACCGUUUUCUUUCCUGAGAAUCUGGUUGCUGUUCUGGGGAAGUAUGACCAUGAGCAGAUAUAUUAUAUUGGUGCGCCGUCGGAGAGCGUGGAGCAGGACGAGAUUCACUCGUACGGAAUGGCUUUUGGAGGCGGCGGGUUUGCAAUCAGCUACGCGGCGGCGGCGGCCCUCUACGGUGUUAUUGACGGGUGUCUUGAGAGGUACGCUUAUUUCUUCGGAAGCGAUCAGCGCGUUCAUGCCUGCUUCAGCGAACUGGGGGUUCCGCUCACCAGAGAACCUGGGUUUCAUCAGGUUGACCUCCGCCGCGACGUUUAUGGAAUGUUAGCGGCGCACCCGGUAGCGCCGCUGGUAUCCCUCCACCACAUUGAUUUUGUUCAUCCCAUAUCGCCGCUCUUCCCCUCCCAACUAGAUGCCCUCCGCACCCUCUUCAACGCCGCUCGCACCGACCCUGCUCGCACACUGCAGCAGAGCAUCUGCUACCUCACCGGCCGCUCAUCGCCCGCCCUCAAUUGGUCGGUGUCCGUCUCAUGGGGGUACACGGUCCAGCUUUAUCCAUGGAUUGUAGAGCCCAAUCAGUUGGAAGUGCCGUUCCGGACCUUCAAGACAUGGCGAAGCUUCAGGAAAGGGCCCUUUGGUUUCAACACGAGGGAGCUAGCGCCGCCAGACUUGCCCUGCAAGCGUCCAUUACGGUUUUUCCUUGACAGAGUUGCCGACGGGAGUAACGGGACGGUGACGGAAUAUAAGAGCUUCGGCUGGGGAGACGAGAACAAGGAGUGCGAUGAGCCGGGCUUCCGCGCGGCCGCUAGGGUGGAGAGAGUGCGGGUCUUCGCUCAAAGGAUGGAUCCAAAAGUCUGGCAGAAGGCACCGAGGCGGCAAUGCUGCGACGCGCGGCGAAAGACGGAUGGGGAGAGCAUUGAGAUCCGGAUAAGGGAAUGCGGCCUCCGCGAAUCAGUACAUUCCCGCUAUGAGUUUUUCCUAAAGUCUAUUUCAUUUAGGAGAAUAGGCAGGCUUCUUUGACUGGAAUACCAUGCCAUGGGGAUUUUUCCUGUUCUUUAUGUUCGUUAAACCGACUUUGGACUUCUUACGAAGAAGAAAAGAGGCAACUCAUCACCCCGCCCCUCACUGCAAUUUGCUGCCGACCAUCCCAACUAACUGGUUUGACUCUAGUUUUUUGAGAUAAGUUACUUUAAUUGUAUUGCUCGGUAGCGUUGGAUGUUAGGAUUAGGAGACGAAAAAUAAUUCGAUCGUCUUCGAAAGACAUGCCAAAUUUUUUAA